CUGUUCUGAAUAUUACGCUAUAAUUUCCGAAAAGUUUAAACCAGGGGGAGGGAACGCGAUCUCCAUUUCUUCUUCCCUUUUGCUCUCUGAUUCUAUCUCUGCACAGCCUUUGUGAAUUGUGGCUCAAUUUAGGAUUCAUUAUAAAAACCUACAAUUCUUUCUUUGAAUCCCCAAAUUCUAAUUCGUUUCCACUUUUUGGCUUUUCGCACAUAAUAAAGACUUGAAAACCCUAAAUGCCUUGAUAUAUGAAGCUUUUUGGGAUUGAAUGAUUGAUUUCCAUUUACGUUUUGCUCCAAUUAUAUUGGAAUGGGACGGUUUCUCCAGAAUUCAUUUUCGGAUGAUUUCUGCAGACCAUAACGGUCUUUUUGGACCUUGAAUGGGAGACUCUUAUCUGUUGUAGUGUUUGCUUAAUCGACAAUUUUCGAUUGGUUUAUAUAUUUGGCGAGAUGGCGACGGUUUUCCAACAAUGGGAGUUGGAUCCUCUGUUUUCUGCAGCUGAAGUCGUGCAAGAUUCUGCUGAUAGGAUGGAAUCAAUUUUCCGUAUGCUCUUGCACGAGGAAAGUCUUGUUCAUGGAGAAUCUUCUGACCCAAAGCUCCUCAAUUCAAUAGAAUAUCAUAGGCGUGAUCUUUUAACUGCUCUAGGGACAACCAAAUGGCAGUUGGAAGAUUUUGAGCGGGCAGUUAAUCUAUCAGAUUUACCAGAUAAUUCACGAGCAAGGGCAGAUGUGGUUUCUAGACAUAAACAAUUUGUUAGAGCCAUUAGAGAACAAAUUAUUCAUGUGGAGAAAAGCUUAGCAGAGUCACCAAUGGAACAUUCAAAGAAAAAUACCCAAUGGGUUAACUUAAAUGAACAAGACAGAGAUGGAUUGACAUUAUUUCUUUCUGGGGGAAGUACUAUGGACCGGCACACCCACUAUGGCUCAGAUAAUAGUAGCAUUAUGAGAAGGUUUCUUGAUCCAACAUCAGCUUCUAGAUAUGAUUGCAAAACUGAUGAGAUUGUUGAGCUCAAAACUGAAGAAGUUGAGGACUCAAAGAUGAAUGGGAUCAUCCAUGAAGACCCUGAUUUGGGUUCCUUCAAGGAGAAUAAUAAUUUCAGAAAAGUUGGUUCUCAUUCUGCAAUUAGGAUUUGGGAUUGGGAAGAUGCUAUCCCAAGUGCUAAGAAUUUCUUUUGCAAGAACAAGUUGAGAGGAUCCCGCAAUGGACUAAAUGCUUUGGGAUCCAUGGGCAACUUUUGGUCUUCAUGUAGGACUAAAAUGGAUAGGAGUUUCAUGAAGAGGCAGAAAGAUGGAGAAGUGGGAAGAGAAUUUGAUAAAAGGCCUUCUUCAUAUCUUGACAUUUCUGAAACUGGGCAGGGUCGACAUACCCGAGUGGGGUUGGUAAAUGGGUUUAGAAGUUCUGGGAGAUUGUAUUCUGAGGUAUUAAGAAAUGCCAUGCAGUCAUGCAGCUGCUUUGGGAAUUGUAGAGGGAGAUUUCAAAGAUUUCAGUAUAGCAAAAUUGCUCAGCUUUCCAGACGGCUAAUACCAGUGAUAUUUGUUACACUUGUUGUUUUAGGUAUCCUGGCUUUUCAGGCUGCUUGAAGCAGUCUUAUUUACAUACAAGAGUUCCAGUAUAUUCAUGGUAUUGGCAAAUUAAUUUUUGUGUAUAACCUCCAUUAUCUCAAAAGGGUGUUGUUCUCUUUGAUUCUCUGCCACCUCUUGGCACCGAUUUUAAAAUUUAUGUAAGUAAAGAAUUGGCUUGUUGUGUGUUGUCUAUGCAUGGAACCAUUUUCACUUGUUUCUGUAAUAUCAGAGAGCAGGGUUAAUGAAUGAAGAUGGUUUUGAAGCCCAGGUUCUCUAUUAUCACUUA